AUGCAAGGACGAAAUGCCGAGAGGAAAAACCGAAUGGACUCCUACAUCCAAAGGAUAAAAUUUUCUGAAAUAACUGGACACGGAGAAACUGAUAAAAGAAUUGAAUACCUGUGGAACUUAGCCCUGUCCACUGUGUAUGAAAAUACCAAACUGUCUAUGAAAUAUAUCACUUUAAUUAAAAAAAUUACAAAAAACAAUGUGCUAUUUGAUAAUGUCUGCUGCCACUAUUGCAACUUAAUAUACAUCCCCUUUUACAACUGCGAAAUUAAGCAAAUUGCUGAAAAAAAUGCCAUUCGGUACAGGUGCUUUCUGUGUAAGCGUAAAAAACAACAAACGUUAUGGAGCUGUAAAAAUCAAGUAAAAAAUGCCCCCCUUGAGAAUUCUAAUGGACGGAAGGUCCAAAGUAAUCCGCCCAACUGGGGCCUUUUUCUCAUCAACGAGAUAGAUGAGUAUGGAGUAAAAAAGGAAACCCCCAGGGCCCAAACGGGGGAUGUUAAAGAGAAGGAUAACUUCCAAGGAAAUAUCCCUUUGGGGGGAGUCAACGCGGAAGAGGACCUCCCAGGGGAUAAUCACCCCGUGGAGGAGGACCCUCCCCAUUUGGAUAACAAUCCCAAGGAAGAACCACUAAACCAAACGAUUGCCUUCGACAGUAUGAAAGACCUCUUCACCAUUGACUACGGCACGAGUAGUAGCUGCACCAUUAAGAGGGAGAUUUUUCCCCCGAUGAUCCAACAUAAUAGUUGCGGAAAAAAUGACAACUUGAAAAACAUUAACAGUUCAGGCAAACAUAGCAACGUUCGAAGAAAAAGAAAACGUGAUGGGACUAUCAAAUGCAAGGAGAAAUCAGACACGGUAAACGAGGCGACCAAAGUAGAUGGCCUGAGCAAUGCCCAAGAAAGGGCUCUGCCAAAGAGCUCUCCCAACUCGAACAACGUGAACAGCGCAAAGAGGUCAAAUGUGACAAACUUAGGAAAAAGCAUUCCCAACCUUAGCAGCACUGAUAACUACUUAAAUUUUAACAAAUCAAAGAAGAAGAAAAAGAACAUAUUGGAUAUCCUGGGGAUACUCGCACAACGAAUUAACGAACUGUGCCCCUGUGGGUGCCUCAUCCAACCAACUGUGUAA